AUGGGCCAGCUCUACUGGGAAGAGGAAAGAGCUUUAAAUACCGCAGUCUUCUCUGUCAUGAAUGACGCCAAGUCCCGCGGUUUCCAGCUGUGCCAAGGAGGCGGCGCCCGCAGCAGCAAGGCAGCAGCUGUCCCCGCCGGAGACUUCGUCCAGAGUCAGGCGGGACGGCUGGUGGGCUGGCGCUUUGUGGAGGGCCUCGCACCGGGCGCGCUCGGGUGGCACCACCACCGCCGGGUCCCCGUGACGCCGCCGUGCAGGGCGCCCGGCCCAGGUGCCCCCGGGCGCGCCGGGCGCUGUCCGCUCAGAGCGGCUGCCGCGGCUCCCGGCGCCCGCGGGAGGGCGCGGGGGGGAGGGCGGGGAGGGGAAUGCUCCGGCCGGGGGCCUCACCCAGUCUCCCGCAUCCGGAGCCGCCCCGCGGGCUCCGCGCAGAGGAGGGAAAGAGGGAGGGGCGGGGAGGCUCGGUGCGGGAGGAGGGAGCGCGGGGCGGCGCCGCUCGCGGCCACAGCCUCCGCCCCUCCUGCGGGCGGCUCGGCUCUCCUGCACCCUCUCCGGGUCCCUCGCGCCCCCGCACGCUCUCGAGCGCGGAGGGGAGCGCAGCCCGCGCGGAGGGCAGCCGCAGCCGCGCGGAGAGGAGCGCAGCCGCGCGGAGGGGCCGGCGGGGGCGCGCUUGCAGGGCGCAGCUCGCGCCGGCGCUCGCGGGCGGGGACGCGCGGGGGCUCCUCGCUCCGGCAAACGGCGGCGGCGCUAGCGGAGUCCCGCCGCGAAGAUGCUCAAAGUCACGACGCCCUCGUGCUCCGCCUCGUCCUGCUCCUCGGUCACCGCCACCGUGGCCCCGGGACCCGGGAGCCUGGUUCCGGAUUACUGGGUCGACGGCUCCAACAGGGAUGCUCUGGGCGAUUUCUUCGAGGUGGAGUCGGAGCUGGGACGGUGGACAAAAAAAUCGUAAGAACUGAGAUAGGAGUUCUUCUUCGCCUCUCACAUCCAAACAUUAUAAAACUUAAAGAAAUAUUUGAAACCCCUACAGAAAUCAGUCUGGUCUUAGAACUCGUCACGGGAGGAGAGCUGUUUGACAGGAUUGUGGAAAAGGGAUAUUAUAGUGAGCGAGAUGCUGCGGAUGCUGUCAAGCAGAUCUUGGAGGCGGUUGCUUACCUACAUGAAAAUGGGAUUGUCCAUCGUGAUCUCAAACCAGAGAAUCUUCUCUAUGCGACUCCAGCACCAGAUGCACCACUCAAAAUCGCUGAUUUUGGACUCUCCAAAAUCGUAGAACAUCAAGUACUCAUGAAGACAGUAUGUGGAACCCCAGGGUACUGCGCACCUGAAAUCCUUAGAGGCUGUGCCUAUGGACCCGAGGUGGACAUGUGGUCUGUGGGGAUAAUCACCUACAUUUUACUUUGCGGAUUUGAACCAUUCUAUGAUGAGAGAGGCGAUCAAUUCAUGUUCAGGAGAAUUCUGAAUUGUGAAUAUUACUUUAUCUCCCCCUGGUGGGAUGAAGUAUCUCUGAAUGCCAAGGAUCUGGUCAGAAAAUUAAUUGUGUUGGAUCCUAAGAAAAGGCUGACUACCUUUCAAGCUCUCCAGCACCCGUGGGUCACAGGUAAAGCUGCCAAUUUUGUACACAUGGAUACGGCUCAAAAGAAGCUCCAAGAAUUCAAUGCCCGGCGCAAGCUCAAGGCGGCGGUCAAGGCCGUGGUGGCCUCCUCCAGGCUCGGCAGCGCCAGCAGCAGCCACAGCGGCGUCCAGGAGGGCCGGGCCAGCCGGGAGCCGUCUCCACCUCAGGGUGGCGACGGGGGCGUCCCAGGGGGCGAGGGGGCCCCGGGGGCAGCCGAGGGGGCCGGGGUGGAGCUGCCAGAGGUGCAGGCGGGGGAGGAGGUCAGCGGUGCUGAUGGAGACGCCGCGGCCCCCAGGGUGGAGCCCCAUGCAUCCGAGGAGGAGAUGGAGGAGGCCGGCCCGGAGACGGAGGGGCGCCCGGCGGAGGAGACGCGGGGGCCCCCAGGCGCCCCCGCAGCCCCGGAAGGACGGGAGGAGGACCCUGCCCUGGAGGUCGGAGCUCAGCAGGGUGACGCAGUCCUGCCGGAGGACUAGUGGCUUUCUUCCUGUGUGGGAGCCAAACCCUGGCAGUUUGUGCGUUUUGUCCUUCAGCAAGGAAGGUGGAAGCAUGAUGUGCACUAUAUUGUGGUUCUGUUUCUGAGGUGCAAAAAAUACAUGUGUGUCAGUUGGGCAUCCUAACUUCAA